AUGCGCGAAGGCACGUGGAACAAAGUAGCGAAGGGUUGCUUUGAGCUGCGUGGCAAGCUCUUGGGCAUUAUUGGAUAUGGCCAUAUCGGUUCUCAGCUUUCAGUGCUUGCCGAGUCGAUGGGUAUGCGCGUGAUCUACUACGAUGUCGUCCCGCUCAUGCCACUCGGUAGUGCACGCCAGGCUGACUCUCUUGAGGAAUUGCUCAAGGAAGCAGACUUCGUGAGUGUGCAUGUGCCAGAGCUCCCAGAGACACGUGGCAUGAUUGGUGAGCGAGAGCUUUCAAUGAUGAAGCCCGGUGCCUUUCUUAUCAACAAUGCACGCGGUUCCGUUGUGCAAAUUCCAGCGCUUGUUGAUGCACUCAGCUCGCAGCGGCUGGGUGGCUGCGCACUCGAUGUUUAUCCCCGUGAACCGGCCAAGAAUGGUGUGGGGAACUUCAACGAUGAUUUGAAUUCGUGGGCAUCGAAACUCCAGGCGCAGAGCAAUGUGAUCAUGACGCCGCAUAUCGGUGGAAGCACAGAAGAGGCCCAGCGGAUGAUCGGUAUUGAAGUCGGUAAUGCUCUGUGUCGCUACAUCAACUAUGGCGGUAGCGUGGGAGCUGUCAACUUCCCAGAAGUGAAUUUGCGUCCCAUUACCGAGCAGGAAGUGCGAUCGAUCCGUAUCUGUUACGUUCACCACAAUCAGCCAGGUGCUUUGCUCGCUGUCAACGAGAUCAUCGGUUUGCACAAUGUCGACAAGCAACACUCUGACUCGCAGAAAGAUCUCGCGUACUUGCUCGCGGACAUUAGUGAUGUGUCAGAGUCGGAUAUCCAAGAUAUUUACACUCGUCUUAGCAAGACGCCCGCUUGCAUCCUUACUCGACUCCUCUCGUAA